AUGUCGGACGACGAAUUACCGUGUGAACAAGAUAUUUUCGAAAGAGAUUUAAUUCUUGAUGAGCUUAAUCGUAUUAUUCAGCUCGCAACAACAAAUGAACAACAUUUUCGUUCGCGAACUAUUGAUUUAGCUGUUCACCAAAGAAAAUUCAAUAAAGUUCAAACAAAGAUUGAGAAAACGCUCAUUAAAAUAAAAUCAUUUAAUAAAGAGGAGCAGAUUAAAGUUCGCAAUGAUUUUAACGAUUUAUAUUAUACCAUUGUUACUUAUUUAAAUAAUUUAAAAAAGGAGGAUGAGCAACAGCGCCGCACGAGUCGGUCAUUUCAAGCAUCCGAGGUCAUAGUGCAAGCAAACAGAAAAAACCUACCUAUAUUGCCACUGCCAGAAUUUAACGGCGAUCCAACCGAUUGGCCGUCGUUUUAUGACUUAUUUCGUUCGUUAGUACAUAACAACAGCGCUUACUGUAAUGCGGAAAAGUUUAGAUAUUUACUACUUGCAGUUAAAAACGAGCCACAUAAUCUUAUUAAAUCUAUUCCUAUCACCGACGAAAAUUACCUUGUAGCCUUAGAUAUUUUAGUGUCGCGUUAUGAUAAUAAAAGAAUUAUUGCAUCGAAACACCUUGACAAAAUUCUGGAUAUUGAACCAUGUUCCGAUAGGUUGAGUCAUAGUGUACGAAAUUUACUAAAUAUAUAUCAAGAGAAUAUAAAGGCGCUUGAAGUUAUGAAUUUUCCAAUAACUCAAUGGAGUUUUAUACUAUUAAAUAUUUUGUUGCGUAAAAUUCCGCUCACUAUUAGAAGAACAUUCGAACGUUCAUUGAGUAAGCCAUCCGAAAUUCCAGAUGUAUGCGCGUUAAUUUCUUUCCUCGAACGGGAAAUUUCCGCUGACGAAAUAACUAUUUCUACUGUUUCAAACGUACAUUCUGCUAAGAAACCAUCGGCGAAUGAGGGUAAUUCAGUAAAAUUCUCGGGCCGGAGCAACAACGCAAGCGGCGGUACUGUGCCUACGGCGCGACGCUCUUUGAUUACUAACCUUAAUGUACCCAUAGAGCAGUCUCGAUCUAAAAGUAAUGGUAAUAAGGUUAGAACUUGUUUACAUUGCAACGGUCAACAUAUAUUAACUAAAUGUUCACAGUUUCUAAAUCUUUCUCCACAAGAUAGGUAUUCAUUCGUGCAAAAUAAAAACAUCUGUUUUAAUUGUUUACACGUUGGACACGACGUUCAGAAUUGUAAAUCAAAUUUCGUUUGCCGUUCGUGUUAUAAACGACAUCAUACAUUAAUUCAUCUUUCAACGCAAUCGUUAUCGGUCAUUAGCGAAACGACGGUGGCUGAUAGUGCUAUACAGAUCCCGCCUACGAAAGAGAGAAUGAGUGUUCUCACGGCUGAGUCACCUCUUACCUUACCUGCCAACAGCAGCGCGGUACAUAAUAAUUGCGCGUCCAAUGCGUCUUUAGUUCGUACUCAUACAGUCCUAUUAUCCACAGCGCUCAUUGAUAUUUGCGUAGGUGAAUCAAAGGUAUCAACCGUUCGAUGUAUUGUAGACACGGGUAGCCAGGCGUCCUUUAUCACAGAGGCUUGCGUACAACGUUUAGGUUUAGCGCGUAAACAUAUAAAUAUUCCGGUUUUUGGUAUAGGCGAUACCGAUCCUGUGCAACCUAAAGGUAUAGUUUCAUGUUUAAUUGUUCCAAAAGGUAAACAGCAGCCCAUUGUACCCGUGGAUGCGUUAAUUUUGCCAAAAUUAGUUACGAAAAUGCCCAGUGUACCUCUGCCCUUUACAGGUUGGUCACAUUUAAAAAAUUUAAACUUAGCUGACCCUGACUUUCAUACACCCCAACCGGUAGAAAUGUUACUAGGAGCGGAUAUACUAUCCCACAUUUUAUUAGGCAACAUGAUUACUGGACCUCCGGGGUCACCGAUUGCGAUGAAUAGCGUGUUAGGUUAUUUAUUAUUAGGUAAAAUAACGUUCGAUACAAUCGUUUCGACUCCACUCCAGGUAUGUUUUAGCUCGUUUGACAACGACAAUCUUCAAAGGUUUUGGGAGCUGGAAUCAUUUUCCGAGAAACGUACUUACACUCCAGACGAGGAGCUAUGCGAAUCCUUUUUCCAAAAGACGCAUACACGGGACGAGACAGGACGGUACGUCGUCGCCCUGCCGUUCAAACCCAACGCACCGCGCCUCGGCGAGUCACGGCAAAUUGCAUUGGCUCGCUUUAGAAAAUUAGAGUAUAGAUUGGAACGCAACGUGCAGCUGAAAACUGAUUAUCACACGUGCCUCCAGGAGUAUGAGGACCUGAAUCACAUGGAGCUCGUUGAUAGUGAGCCUUUGCAAGGUGCCAGCUAUUAUAUUCCGCACCACUGUGUAGUUAAAGAAUCGAGCAAAACAACACGUACACGCGUAGUGUUCGAUGCGGGUUGUAGAACGACGAGUGGUUUGUCGGUUAAUGACGUUCUCCUAACGGGUCCCAAGCUUCACCUUGAUAUAGUAGACGUACUUUUAAAGUUUCGUGUUCAUGCCGUAGCGUUCACUGCGGAUAUUAAACAAAUGUAUCGAAAUAUACUGAUUCGUGAAACUGAUAGGGACUUCCAGCGCAUUUUAUGGCGUAAAUCGCCAGAAGAACCUAUACGGGACUACCGUCUCCGCACGGUCACAUUCGGUGUAAAUUCCUCACCAUAUCUCGCUUUGCGUACAAUUCAGCAGCUUGCUCACGAUGAGGCCGAGUAUUUUAGGCUCGCAUCUCCCGUAUUAUUGAGUGACGUAUUUGUCGAUGAUGUUGUUUCUGGUGAGGAUACGGAGUCCAAAACUCUCGCUCUGCAGCAAGAGCUUAUCGACAUUUGUAAGACGGCUGGAUUCGAACUACGUAAGUGGCACAGCAACUCAUCAGCGAUACUCGCUACACUACAGCCACCAGCUUGUCAUGGUGAGCGGCCCGAAAACGUUCCAUUUUCUGAAAUGGAGAACGACAAAAGAGUUAAGGUCCUCGGACUACAAUGGAAUCCAGGAUCUGAUACAUUUAAUUUUAAAGUUCAAGUUACCACUCAUAAAUGCACCAAGAGAUCUAUUCUUUCUGAGAUCGCAAAAAUAUAUGACCCUCUCGGGUUGCUAUCUCCGGUAACCUUGUAUGCCAAACAUUUGAUUCAGUUAUUGUGGAUGGCAAAUGUAGAUUGGGACGAUAAUCCGCCCAUCGAUAUCAUUAAUUCGUGGACACGUUUCAUAAACGAGCUACCGCUGCUAUCACAGGUAUCGUUUCCGCGAUACAUUUUCAGUAAUAAUAUCGAUUCGGUAGAAAUUCAUGGAUUUGCUGACGCGUCCCAGAUCGCAUAUGCCGGCUGUGUCUAUAUUCGACUUACAAGCAAGGACGGCAAUAUUUAUACAUACCUGAUUAUGGCGAAAACUAGGGUAGCUCCGCUCCGCGCACCCCUUACCAUCCCACGUCUCGAGCUGAUGGCAGCUCUAUUGCUUUCAAAGCUAUUAGAUAAGAUAGCAAAUUUAUACAGAGAUCGCAUCUGCCCUGAACGGAUUUACGCAUGGUCCGACGCCACCAUCGUGCUGGCCUGGCUCCGUUCAUCGCCGCAUGAAUGGAAGACGUUUGUUUCCAAUCGCACUAGCGAUAUUCUGUCCCGCGUUCCCGCCAGCUGCUGGCACCAUGUUCCGUCAGCCGAUAAUCCUGCUGACGCUGCAUCACGUGGCUUGCUACCUACCGCGAUGGUACAACACGACUUGUGGUACCAUGGUCCCGCAUGGCUCCGACGAAGUGCUGACAACUGGCCGGUUGAGACUCAAACUAUGAGCACCUGUGAAGAAAAACGUAACUUAACGCUAUCUUCUGCUAUGUCUACGGCACCGCCCGUACAAAAUACCGAAAUUAUAAUGCGAUUUUCGUCGCUAGGCAAACUCGUUCGGAUUACUGCACUAAUAUUUCGUUUUUAUAAUAAAUGCAAAAGGGUUAAAAAUUCGUUCCCGGGUUACAUUACCGUACCUGAAUAUAAUUUUUCAUUAAAUCGACUAAUUUACCUUACUCAACAAUCGGUCUUUCAAGACGAUAUUUUAAAGGUAUCUCAAGGAAGAUUACCUUCUAAUCAAUUGCGACGUCUUACACCCUUUCUGGAUAGUGACAAACUCUUACGUGUAGGAGGUCGAAUUCAUAAAUCAUUGUUACCAUUUGAAUCUAAACAUCAAAUAAUUUUACCGAAAAAACAUGCUUUGACGAAUUUAAUUAUCGACGACGCUCACAUGAGCUAUCUGCAUGCAGGACCUCAGUCCGUGCAAUACUUGCUGUUGCAGCGCUAUUGGAUAUUGUCUUGCCGCGACAUCGUGCGUCAACGCAUACAUCGCUGUGUCCGUUGCUUUCGUGCUCGUCCAACACGUGAUCAACCGAUUAUGGGACCACUACCAGCUUCGAGAAUACGUCCGGCGCGUCCUUUCCUUAAAACGGCCGUAGAUUACGCCGGUCCAUUUUUUGUUCGUGCAAAUAAAGUACGUAACGCGAAAAUAGUGAAGUGUUAUGUUUCGGUAUUCGUAUGUAUGAGCGUAAAGGCCGUACAUCUCGAACUCGUUUCGGAGCUAUCCACUGAUGCAUUUUUAGCAGCUCUGCGACGCUUCACGGCCCGUCGAGGAUUAUGUACGGAUAUAUAUUCUGACUGCGGAAAGAAUUUUGUCGGAUGUAACAAUUAUCUUAAAGACCUAUACGCGUUUUUACGUAGUCAUGUCGUUCAAAGUACAAUUAAUCAACAAACCCUUCAACAGGGACUUACGUGGCACUUUCAACCUCCGUAUGCUAGCCAUUUUGGAGGUCUCUUCGAAGCUAGUGUUAAAAGUUUCAAACACCACCUACAUCGUGUGGUUGGAACUCGUACUCAGACUUACGACGAGAUGCAUACCCUUCUCUGUCAAAUCGAAGCCGUGUUAAACUCACGUCCCCUUUGCGCCAUGAGUUCGGCCUCUACCGAUCCCCUCCCUUUAACACCGUCUCAUUUUUUAAUAGGAGAACCCUUAACGGCUCUACCUGAUGUAUCCUUGUUGGACGAAAACCCUAACCGUCUCACACGUUGGCGCUGGAUACAACAGUCAGUCCAGCACUUUUGGAAAAGAUGGAGUAGAGAAUAUCUCCAUCACUUACAACAGAGUAGUAAGUGGCUUCAUGAUCGCGGCUCCGCCAUUCGUGAAGGCACUGUUGUUGUGGUAUGCGACGAGCACCUUCCGCCAUUACAAUGGAAGCUCGCGCGUGUGCAUGCUGUUCAUCCUGGCUCCGAUCAAGUCACUCGUGUAGUGACCUUAAAGGCUGGGAAUACUAUUUUUAAACGACCUGUAGUAAAGAUUUGCCCACUUCCGUUAGAGUAA